GUAAACAGUUCGGCGCAGAGUUUCGGAAUACAGAAAAAAAAGCAGAGAAAAUACUUCGACAAAAAGUGUAAAUUUGCCUUUGGCCAUUGAAAACGAAAGCCAAGUGCUGCGCGUCUAAUUAAAGCAAACUAACCAAGCCACUUAAAUUAAAAGUAGCUGUGACACAGUUAGUGGCAAGUUUUCAGUUUGCAACUGCAUUUGGUGACUGCGCAGAGUGUGAAAAUCGAUUAUUUGGUGCUGCGACUGCUGCAGGUGCAACAGCCCCAAAAAAGCGCACGAAGGUCGCAGGUCGAGAGAUUUUUUGCAGCGCCCAUAGACAGUUGAAAACCACUACAACGGAGCCAUUAAUUAAACAGGAUUUGUUGUUAGGCGCAGUCCGAGACGCCGCUAACAGUAAGACGAGCACAUUGACGGCCAAAAAGACAACGCCACAUCGAUAGUGCUGAAGAGCCGACAAAUGGCUUACCUAAUUAACAUACUCAAGUUCAAUGUGAAGUACUUAAAGAAUCAAUAACUUGACUAUUGUCACACAGCAGCAUUCAGCAUUCACUUCAGUUGUUCAUCACGCAGUCAAUUCAAAUAUUACGCAUACGCCUCACGCCGCACGCCUCGACUAUUGCUAUUUAAAUACUAUUGCUGUCUCUGUCGCGCCGAGUCGUUGUUGCAACCCCCUCAAACCCCCCUCACUGUGCAUACCAUGGAAAAGUCUGAGAAAUUUUCAGAUUACCUCUUUGCCAAAAUGGGACCGCCGAAUGUUACGGCCGCCGUGCACGGCACGGAGCUGCCGCCCAAGACAACGGAGCGCAGCGAAGCGCCCGUCGAGCUAACCGGCUACUGGAAGUGGCUGAGGGACAAUCUAAUGCUCUUGGUAACGCUCUCGGGCGUCUUGCUGGGCGUUAUUCUAGGCCUCUCGUUGCGUGGGCUACAUCUCAACAGCGACUCCAUCAUGCUCAUCUCGUACCCUGGCGAACUGUUUAUGCGUGUGCUUAAGCUUAUGAUUCUGCCGCUGGUCAUCUCCAGUCUGAUUGCCGGCUCCGCCAGUCUCAAUGCCAAGAUGAAUGGCAAGAUUGCUCUGCGUACUCUCGUCUAUUUUGCUAGCACAUCGUUCUUUAAUGCCGCUCUUGGCAUUGCUCUUGUUGUGCUUAUACAUCCUGGUAAUCCGGAUUUGCAUACUGCCGACGACAGUGCCGGCGAGGAGAAGCGAGCAGUCAAGCUGCUGGAUAGCCUUUUGGAUUUGGGCAGAAACAUAUUUCCGGACAAUCUAUUCCAAGCAUCGAUCCAACAAGCGCACACCGUCUAUCUGCCCAAGCCGAAUCUGCUGCAGAGCAUCAAUGAAACGCUCAAUGAGACGACCGCCGUGGUGCGGGAUGUUCAAUAUCGGAAUGGCACAAAUACGCUGGGCAUAGUGUUUUUCUGCCUGGUAUUUGGCACAGUGCUGGGCACGAUCGGUCAGAAGGGACAGGUGGUGAUUGACUUCUUUGCGGCCGUCUUUGAGGUUAUUAUGAAAAUGGUAACCAGUGUGAUGUGGCUAACCCCAUUGGGCAUCAGUUCGGUCAUUGCGGGCAAGAUACUGAGUGUAGAUGAUCUGGGGCUGGUGAUGGCGCAGCUAAUAUGGUUUAUCAUCACGGUGUCGAUCGGUGUGUUCAUCUAUCAGUUCGUGGUGAUGCAGGCGAUCUACUUUGUGUUCGUGCGUCGCAAUCCCUUCAAGUUCUACGCGGCCCUCAUACAGGCCAUGCUAACUGCAUUUGCCACUGCAUCAACCGCCGCCGCCUUGCCCAUCACAUUCCGUUGCAUGAACGAGAAGCUGCGUGUCGAUCCCCGAAUCACACGUUUUGUCCUACCCAUUGGCUGCAACAUCAACAUGGAUGGCACUGCACUCUAUCUGGCCGUCGCCUCCAUCUUUAUAGCCCAGAUGAGCGGCAUGGUCUUGGGCAGCGGUGAGCUGCUAACGGUGCUCCUAACCUCCACCUGCGCCUCCAUGAGCUCGGCCAGCGUCCCCAGCGCUGCCUUGGUGCUGCUCCUCGUUGUGCUCACCGCCAUCGAUGCUCCCGUACAGGAUGUUACGCUGCUCUUUGCUGUCGAUUGGUUUGUCGAUCGGGUGCGCACCACCAACAACAUGCUGGGCGAUUGCUAUGCAGCUGCCGUCGUCGAGGAGCUCUCACGCAAGGAACUCAUGGCUCUGGAUGCAGCUGCUGUUAACUAUCAGGAUAUGCCAGCUGGCACGCCCAACGGACAUCAUGGUGGACUCUUGGAGGGGCAAACCGAGCUCGCAUCCUCCGGCAAGUGCUCGCUCUCCGAUGCUGUUGUCGUCGAUAUGAGUGCCGUGAUGAACAAUGUGAACUUGCAGCAGGAGCAAAACAAUCGACGCGUUUAAGCUGUUUGCGUUUUAAGUAAGAAUAUCUGGCAGUAAACCACCCGUCGAGUAGCCAUAGACACCAUAGACCAGAGGCCACAGUGUUCCCUUAAAAAACCUCAAGAACUUUUGCUAGAAGUGUUUUCUAUUAUUUUGUCAGCAAAUCAAAUACAAUUGAGAGACUGUCGUAUAAGAAUCUUAAUCAGUUGAUAUAAACCCACCCGAGAUGCAUCUGAGUUUAGUAAGCAGCGACUAAAUAUUAAACAUGGCAAUAUAUACAAUGCAGUAGAUGAAUAUUAAUCUGAGAAUUUAAUCACAGUAGUAGAUAUAUAGUACACACACAGACACACACACACACACACACACACUUAUACACUUUUAAAGUUAUUAACGAGAACAAGAUUUUUGUGAUGCGUUUUAAACAAUUGCAUAAUCAUCUAUGGGUAUUAUUUUGUAAGUGAAACAAACUUGUUUGUGAUGGAAUCAUUUCUAUGAAAAGUUAGCUUAAACUAUAGUUAUCAUUUAAACUAUUUUCUUAAGAUUUUAAAUGUGUUGUUUGUUUACUAUUUUUGUUUUUUUUUUAAUAACAAGUGCAAUAGCAAGUGCACACUGGUUGUAAAGAAAGCUUUUGUUUCAAAUAUGAUUUCUUUGUUAGACUCACAUAUGAAUAACCCCACGCAUACGUAGACUGAUAGUAGCUGUAGUCUGAUAUAUACGAGAUAUUAUACCAAAACCAAACUUAUAUCAAAAAUAUGAAUAUCAACAUUCGAUUUGUAAACACAAUAAAGAAAAAGAUUGAAUU